AUGUCCUUAAAAUAUCGGAAAAGUCCUGGGUUCGAUGGUAUUAAAAGCGAGCAUUUGAAAAUUAUAGCCGAAGACAUAACAGAACCACUCACUUACCUAAUCAACAAAUGCUUUGAAUCUGGCAUAUAUCCCUCAAUUUUAAAAAAAGGUAAUAUAAUAGCGAUACAUAAAUCAGGAACAAAAACAGAUGUUAACAACUAUAGACCAAUAUCAAUAAUAUCCAGUGUAGCAAAGGUUUUUGAAAAAGUUUUAUCUACUAGAAUGAUUCGAUACCUCACAAAAUUCAAAAUUUUAAGUGAAAAUCAAUAUGGAUUUACAGAAGGGAAGGCUACAUCGGACGCAAUAACUAAAAUUGUAAAUCAAAUACAUCAAAAUAUUGAUAACAGAAUCCCUUCAAUCUGCAUUUUUGUUGAUUUAAAGAAAGCUUUCGACACAGUUAAUCACAAAUUAUUAUUAGAAACAUUGGAGAGAAUUGGUUUCAGAGGAAACGCGUACUCACUGAUCGAAAGUUAUUUGUCAAAUCGCCCACAAUCUGUGCAGAUAUCAGGAUCAUUUAGUAAAGAAAUGUAUAUUAAGUGUGGUGUCCCACAAGGAACUGUCUUAGGUCCGCUGUUAUUCAAUAUAUAUUUAAAUGAUAUUUUCCAAAUUAAUUGUGUUGGCAAAAUAACUAGUUUUGCAGAUGAUACUGCAAUAUUAUAUGAAGGCACUGACUGGUCUGAUCUGAAAAAUGUAAUUGAAAAUGAUUUUAUCAAAAUUAUUCAGUGGUUUAACAGUAGAAAAUUAAGCAUUAACUACUCUAAAACACAUUUUUUACCAUUUGGAUCUUAUGCUAGACAUCUGCCAAAUUACACAAAUUUCUCCUUCAAUAUUAAUGAUCAAAAAAUGCAAAUUAAUAGAGUGCCCAACAUAAAAUACCUUGGAGUGGUCUUGGAUCCUCACUUACGAUGGGACACCCAUGUGAAUUAUAUUUUAAAGAAACUUAGAUUUGUAUCCUACAAAAUUAAAUACCUUGGGAAUAUAUUGACAGAAAAAUAUCUUCGAACAUUAUACCAUGCACUGAUUGAGCCUCAUCUCACAUAUGGUAUAUUAGCAUGGGGAGCUGCAUGUUCCUCACAUAUCUAUAAUUUAGAUGUUUUUCAAAAAAGUAUUCUAAAAAUGAUAUUUAAAAAACCGAAACUUUAUCCCACUGAAAAAUUAUACGCAGAUGUUCGAAUAUAUGAUAUAAGACAGCUUUAUUUCUUACACAGUAUCACUCACUACCAUAAAUUUGUAAACACCGAUCAAAAAAUUAAACAUAAUCAUUAUACCAGGUACAAAAUUCGUGGCAUAGUAGUUCCUCAACCGCAUAAAUCUAUAAUGCAGCUAUCAUAUCUCUAUUUAGCGCCUAAAUUUUAUGAAAUUAUACCUAAAGACUUAAAAGAUUUACGUUUCGGAAAUUGUUUCAAAAGAAAUUUAAAAAAGUGGCUACAUUCUAUAUCUAGGACUGAAAUUCAUAAACUCAUAAAUACGAACAUCAACUAA